AUGUUUCAUAUCCUUGACAAGACGUAUUUUAUCUCUUCAGCUGUGGCUGCACCCAAGAAUGUUGCCGAUAUCCAAGAAAUCAUAAAAUUGGCCAACGAGUUUGAGAUCCCUGUCUGGCCUUCUUCCAAGGGUAGAAAUAUCGGCUAUGGCGGCACUACCCCGAGAGUGCCCGGCAGUCUUGGUAUCGACUUGGACAAGAAUAUGAAUAGAGUUUUGAAAGUUGAUCCUGAGAAUGCCUAUGCCUUACUCGAGCUUGGGGUGACUUACUUUGAUCUCCAUGAGUACUUGGUCAAGCACAACUUGCCGGAUCAAGUGUGGGCGGACGUGCCUGAUGUCGGUGAUGAUUCGGUUGUUGGCAAAUGCACUCGAAAGAGCCAAUUCGCCUAUUCACAGGAUGAUGCACUGCGGGUUGGAGGUUGUCUUGCCCGAUGGUUCACUCCUCCGCACCGGGAUGGCGCUUUGCCAAACCCUAAAGCGGACAAUAGCAAACCACCAUAUGAACAGGAGCCAAAUGAGAGCUGGCAGAUAUUUGACUGUAGUCUCGGCCCGCACAGUGCUGGUAUAUUUUCUCAUUCAUCUCUUGGAAUCGUCGUGAAAAUGGGAAUUUGGCUUAUGCUUAACCCUGGCGGGUAUCAGGCGUAUAUGGUCGCCUUCCCCAGGGACAAUGCCUUGGAUCAAAUCGUGGAGAUACUCCGGCCCUUGAGAAUCUCUGGGGUAAUUCAGAACACACCCAAGCCGGAUAACGUCCUGGUUAGCGCUGCCCUGCAGAGUCACCACGCCGGCUACAUCAAUUCCAACACGCCCUUAACCGACCCCCGGCUAGAUGAGGUCGUCAAAAAGCUCCGUGUCGGUCGCUGGAAUCUCUACAGAGCGAUGUACUCUCUGGUCCGGGAAAGAUCCGAUGCAAGACGUCGAGCCUAUGAGCUUAUUCAGGUCCUGAUCACCGAGGUGGCGGAUCAGGGGUGGGGUGACUAUCGCACUCAUCUCGCGUUGAUGGACCAGAUUGCGGAGACUUACAACUUCAACGAGAAUGCUUAG